AUGUCGCUCCCGAAAAGACCAAUCGCAAGUGAAUACCCGGUGGGCGAGCAGAGACCUUCUCACAGAGGAACGCCAUCGAGGCGUAGACAUCAAGACGAAGAGGCUGGCUACUUCUCUUCAGCAGCAGCUCCAGUAUCGCCUUCGAGACAUGGCCGUCGACCGUCUAAAUCAUCAUACGCCGAUACAUUACCCUCUCCCCUUACGCCAACUCCUACCACCGAACCAUUAACAUACGCUCCGCACCAUUCAACAACGAACAAUGCUGGCGAUAUUUCGAGGAAAAGGAGUUUGAUUCGCCCGGAACGUAACAGAAUUGAUCGAGACCACCCAAAUUAUCAUUAUCGACAGCAUGCCGCGAAUAUGGACGUCUUGCCUUCUUCUACUGGAAACGACCCAAUUCUGGAAGACCUAGAGGUAGACGCAGCCGCGACAGAGACAUCAGGCUUACGUACUUCCAAUGAAGCCGAAUCGGAUGCUUCGCCGCCAAUGAAGAAGAAAAGCAGGAGAGGACAUGGUGCUGGUCCGGACGAUGUUACUUCGACAGAAAAGGCUGGGGGAGGAUCUCGUAAUCCAAAGAAGCUCACCCGCGAAAGGACAAGGAAACUGACCAAAGAGGAGAAGGAGAGGCAAAAGCAACUCGACGCUGUGAGGCCUCCUAGUCUCUGGAACGUUUACUGUGCCAUAGUCACAUUCUGGUGCCCCGAUUUUGUGCUGAAGUGUUUCGGAAAACCUGCGAGAGCCCAACAAAGAGCUUGGAGAGAAAAGAUGGGACUGAUCAGUAUCAUUCUGUUCAUUAUGGCAUGUGUUGGGUUUUUGACCUUUGGUUUCACCGCUGCUGUUUGCGGUAAUCCAGGACUACGACUCCGCGUCAACGAGGUUACUGGUGGAUACAUGAUCUUCCACGGAAGCGCUUACGAUCUUUCCGAAUCUCAUCACCCAGCCGCAAAGGGAAUCACAGACAACGCCAAUGUUUUGUACGAUCUUCCUACUAAACAUGCAGGUCAGGAUGGAAGCUUUCUAUUCCAGAAUGUCAAUGGCAAAUGCAAGGGUCUCAUCACCUUGACUCAAGGCUCAGACGUACCGACAAACGCGAACAACGACCUGGCAUGGUAUUUCCCUUGUACUACUUUCAAUCAGGAUGGCUCAACUCCGGUGAAUAAGACGGUUCCAGAAUACUUGGGAUAUCAGUGCCAUUACAUUGCGAGCUCUCGAACUGCCUUUUAUGGACUCCGCAGUGCUGGAGAUGUCUAUUUCACCUGGGAUGAUAUCAAGAAUAGCUCUCGAAACUUGAUGGUGUAUUCCGGAAACGUUUUGGAUCUGGAUUUGCUGAAGUGGUUCAACGGGACACAGGUUACAGUCCCGUCGAAAUUCGUUGAACUCAGCGAUCGAUCGACUGCCGCCAACAAAGCGGUCCACGGAAAGGAUGUAACCCACGCUUUUCAAUCAAAAGAAGACAAGAGAAUCGCCCAAUGCUUUGAACAGAUUAUCAAGGUUGGAUCCGUCGAUACAGAAACAGUUGGAUGUAUUGCCUCCAAAGUUGUGCUAUACGUCUCCUUGGUCUUCAUCCUUGCGAUUGUCGGAGCCAAAUUCGUCCUCGCCCUCCUGUUCCAGUGGUUCUUUAGCAGAAAGUUUGCGGCCGCGAAGACCUCUCAGUCUUCGAAUUCGAAGAAGAGAAACCGUCAAAUCGAGGACUGGUCUGACGAUAUCUAUCGCGCACCACCAAGGAUUCCUGGAGACCCAAGUAGUACCGUUGCUGGCUCUGAUAGAAUGAGCAAACGAGGGAGCACAUUCCUACCAACUACUUCCAGAUUUACUAGCCCUUAUACUGGCAACAACCGUAUGUCUAGAAUUGAUCGUCCACAACCUGUCACAAUGGCUAGCCAAACCUCUACUUCUGCCUUGGUUGCUCCGAAACCAAUGUUUUCCCAGCAAAAUAACAGCCGCACCAGCUUCCUUCGACCAGAGUCUGCAGCUUUUGGCCCAGGCGAGUUUGAUGCCGGACCCGGACCAGCCGGAUUCAUUCACGAGGCUGUGGUUCCCCAACCACCAGCGGACUGGCAGCCAUUUGGAUACCCACUUGCCCACACCAUCUGUCUCGUUACUGCUUACUCCGAAGGUGAGCUUGGUGUACGCACGACUCUGGACUCUGUUGCGAUGACCGAUUAUCCCAACAGCCACAAAGUCAUCCUCGUGGUUUGUGAUGGUGUGAUCAAAGGAAAGGGCGAGACCAUGUCUACCCCAGAUAUCAUUCUCAGUAUGAUGAAAGAUCACUCCAUUCUACCGGACGAGGUCCCCGCCUUCUCUUACGUAGCCGUAUCAAGCGGUUCAAAGAGGCACAACAUGGCAAAGGUCUAUUCUGGAUUCUACGAUUAUGGCGUCAAUUCCGCCAUUCCUCUUGAAAGGCAGCAACGUGUUCCAAUGAUGUGUGUAGUCAAGUGCGGCACCCCUGACGAAGCCCAUAAGAGCAAGCCCGGAAAUAGAGGAAAGCGUGACAGUCAAAUUAUCUUGAUGUCUUUCUUGCAAAAGGUUAUGUUCGAUGAGCGUAUGACUGAGCUCGAAUUUGAGAUGUUUAACGGACUAUGGAAAGUCACAGGCAUAUCGCCUGAUUACUACGAAACUGUUCUUAUGGUUGAUGCCGAUACCAAAGUCUUCCCGGACAGCUUGACACAUAUGAUCUCCGCAAUGGUCAAAGAUCCUGAAAUCAUGGGUCUUUGUGGUGAAACCAAAAUUGCCAACAAAAGAGCCAGUUGGGUAUCUGCGAUCCAAGUUUUCGAGUACUUCAUAUCGCAUCACUUGUCAAAAUCUUUCGAAUCCGUCUUUGGUGGUGUCACUUGUCUCCCUGGAUGUUUCUGCAUGUACCGUAUUAAGGCUCCAAAGGGAGGCCAGAACUACUGGGUACCAAUCCUCGCCAAUCCUGAUGUUGUCGAGCAUUACUCCGAAAACGUCGUUGACACCCUUCACAAGAAGAACUUGCUAUUGCUCGGAGAGGAUCGUUAUCUUUCAACCCUCAUGCUCCGAACAUUCCCCAAGCGAAAACAAGUAUUCGUUCCCCAAGCUGUCUGCAAAACCACUGUGCCAGAAACGUUCAGCGUUCUUCUUUCACAGAGACGACGAUGGAUCAACAGUACCGUCCAUAAUCUUAUGGAACUUGUUCUUGUUCGAGAUCUUUGCGGUACCUUCUGCUUCAGUAUGCAAUUCGUCGUUGGUAUUGAGCUCAUUGGUACACUUGUUCUUCCUGCAGCUCUCGCUUUCACCUUCUACGUCGUCAUCAUCUCAAUCGUCAAUCAACCUCCUCAAAUCAUUCCACUCGUGCUUCUUGCCCUGAUUCUAGGUCUUCCAGCCGUCCUCAUCGUCCUCACAGCUCAUCGUUGGUCAUACGUCGUAUGGAUGUUGAUCUAUCUUCUCUCCCUCCCAAUCUGGAAUUUCGUCCUACCCGCCUACGCCUUCUGGAAAUUCGAUGACUUCUCAUGGGGAGACACUCGAAAGACUGCCGGUGAAAAGACUAAGAAAGCCGGUAUUGAAUACGAAGGAGAGUUUGACAGUUCCAAGAUCACCAUGAAACGAUGGGGCGAAUUCGAGAAAGAACGCCGUCUCAGAUCUCAACAAGCAUGGAGCGGUUACGGAAGUGGAAGUAAAGAAGGAAGCAUUUCCACCGCCGCUUACCCCUUGAACCGUGCCGGCAGUUACGAUGACGACUACUCUGAUAUUCCCGUCGAGCGAUUGUAG